GCCGGGGUCUGUCCGCCUUUAAUGCGAAAUAUGAGCAGAAACUAGACGGCACAGUAGAAAACAAUUACUGCCCCGAAGUCACAUAGAAACUCAAACAGCUGUUGAGUAUUCAAGACAGGGCUGAAAGAAACACCAACGUUCCGAAUAGUUGGAAUUGAUCUAUUGCUGAGCUUUUUUCGAGCAAGAGAAUAUAAGACUCGAGCUUGAAGCACCAAGAUAUGAAGUCUGAGCUGUAGACUAUUUUGAAUGGGUUUUGCACUGGAUUUGUUUCCGUUUUAGUUUUUUUUAGUCUUACUUCAUUACUGGAGGUGUUUUAGUUCUUGGACUGAUGUUUUUUAGUUAUUAGUGGAGUCUUUUACGGAUUUUACUUGCUUCCGCCAGACACUUCAAUAUAGUUUUCUAUUUCAGUUAGAAGGGUUUGACACGGAAUAUGAUGUCGUUCGUUUGCGUCUCGUUCAGUUUGAUUACGGCUCUGUGCGUGAGAGCGGCGCACGGCACAUGGGAGGAAAGUACAGUUGUACCGGUCAGACUCGACCCGGUUCGGCCCGAGAGGGAUGCCGAGCAGGGCCGGACCCUUUCAGUAGAGGAGCGAGAAAAGGAGUCGGAGAUGCGAGUCUACCGGUUAGACGUAUUUGGCAAACGGGUGGUCUUGAAGCUAGAGCCGGAUCAGACCUUCCUGGCACCUGGGUUUGUGUUCCAUGUGGUGGGAAGCCCCGAGUCGCAGGCGCAGCGGGAAUCUGACAGCAGCGCAGCCGAGACUCAGUGCUUCUUCUCGGGCACGGUUAACGGGGAGGAGGACUCCGCAGCUGCUCUCAACCUGUGUCACGGACUACGGGGCGGAUUCUACCUCCAAGGUGAAGAGUACUUCAUCCAUCCCAAUAAAUCGAGUGAUGCACAGCCUAUGGAUGGGGACCUCCACCUCAUUCGCCGGAGAGGUCGGGAAUAUUUUGCAGAGGAGAGCAGCUCAAAGUGCGGGGUCAACGAGGAAGAGGACAGGUUGCCAGAGAAUCGGGAGACAAAAGUAAACCAUGGAACCACUAACCCCGACCACCCAGCCCACCACCAGAGGUCAAAGCGCUUCGUGUCCACGCCUCGCUUCGUGGAGAUCAUGAUCGUGGCCGAUCAGUCCAUGGCCGAGUUCCACGGUGCCAGCCUCAAGCCCUACCUGCUGACCAUCAUGGCGGUGGCAUCGCGCCUCUACCGCCACCCCACCAUCCGCAACUCCAUCAGCCUAGCCGUGGUUAAGCUCCUGGUGGUUUACGAGGAGGAGAGCGGCCCCCAGGUGUCGUCUAACGCUGCCCUGACCCUCCGCAACUUUUGCCAGUGGCAGCGGCAGCACAACCCGCCCAGCGACCGCCACCCAGAGCACUACGACACGGCCGUGCUCUUCACCCGAACGGACCUGUGCGGCGCCCACUCCUGUGACACACUAGGCAUGGCGGAUGUGGGCACGGUGUGCGAUCCGGAGCGGAGCUGCUCCAUCAUCGAGGACGACGGGCUGCAGGCGGCAUUCACUGUGGCACACGAACUCGGCCACGUGUUCAACAUGCCCCACGACGAUUCCAAGCAGUGUGCCAGCGUCAACGGUGACCAUUGGGGCUCGCACAUGAUGGCGUCCACCCUGUCCAACCUGGACCAACUCCAGCCAUGGUCGCCUUGCUCCGCCCUCAUGGUCACCACCUUCAUGGACAACGGACACGGCCAGUGCCUUUUGGACAAGCCCCACAAGCCCCAGCCGCUCCCUGCCAUGCUACCCGGAAACGUGUACGACGCCAACCGCCAAUGUCGCCUGACGUUCGGGGAGGAGUCACAGCACUGUCCCGACCUGAGUACCACAUGUGUGGCACUCUGGUGCACAGUGACCACAACCAACGGACUUCUGGUCUGUCAGACCAAGAACUUCCCGUGGGCGGAUGGGACGCUGUGUGGCCAUGACAGCUUCUGCCUGGCAGGACAGUGUCUGAGCAAGACGGAGGCCGCUCGUCACCAGACCCCAGUCAACGGUGCCUGGGGUGUAUGGGGACCAUGGGGAGACUGCUCCCGUACCUGCAACGGAGGGGUGCAGUACUCCUUCAGGGACUGUGAUAGCCCCCUGCCCAAAAACGGGGGCAAGUACUGCGAGGGCAAGAGGAUCCAAUAUCGCUCCUGUAACACAGAGAUCUGCCCUGAGAGCAACGGUCUGUCGUUCCGCGAGGAGCAGUGUCUGGCCCACAACGAUAUUUCGGCACAGGUGUCGUUCGGUUCGGGAGAGGGCGUGGAGUGGGUUCCCAAAUAUGCCGGCGUCUCACCCAAAGACCGCUGCAAGCUGGUUUGCCUGGCCAAGGGCACGGGCUACUUCUUCAUUCUGAAACCAAAGGUGGCUGAUGGUACUCCCUGCAGCCCGGACUCCACCUCAGUGUGUGUGCAGGGUCAGUGUGUGAAGGCGGGCUGUGACCGAAUCAUCGGCUCCAGCCGUCGCUUCGACAAGUGCAGCGUGUGCGGAGGCAACGGCUCCACCUGCAAGAAAGUGUUGGGUGCCCUGGAGCGUGCCAGGCCUGGUUACCAGAACGUUGUGACCAUCCCCGCUGGCGCCACUCACCUGGACGUGAAGCAACGUGCCCCCGGCGGGGGUCGCCAUGACAACAGCUACCUGGCAGUGUUGCGCCAGGACGGCACCUACCUCCUGAACGGCGACUACAAGCUGAUGACUUUCGAAACAGACAUCGCCCUCAAGGGGGCGUUGCUACGAUACAGCGGUAGCUCCGCCUCCCUGGAGCGUCUACGCAGCUUCUCGCCCCUUCCCGAGGCCCUGACCAUCCAGGUGUUGUCUGUAGGCGACUCGCCCCGCCCCCGUGUCAAAUACAGCUACUUUGCGCCAAGACCCGUUUUGGCGCCACCUAGUGGCGGAACGGUGGCACGCCGCCAGUCCAUCAAUGCCAUCCGGGAGCUGGGGGAAGCUGAGUGGACCCUGCGGGAGUGGGGCCCAUGCUCGCAGAGCUGUGGGGGCGGUACUCAACUGAGGGAGGUGCUGUGUCUGGAUCCCCAGGGGCGGCCAUCGCGGGAGUGCCCGGAAGAGCUGCGCCCGUUGGCUUCAUGCCCCUGCGCCUCAGACCCCUGUCCUUCGUGGUUCCUGGGGGAGUGGUCGGUGUGCUCCAAGAGCUGUGGCCGUGGGUUCCGCAAGCGGCCGCUACGCUGCGUGGGACACAACGGGCGUACACUCGCCCACGAGAGCUGCGACCAUAAAGACAGGCCUCGACCACUGCUGGACUUGUGCAACCAGAGCACCUGCUAAGUUUGUCAGCCCACCUCAUUAUUACGUCCCUAAAGAACAACUCAUGAAAGAAAGAUAGAAAAAGACUAAAACAACCAUAUCGUCAUGAACUUUGCAUCUGAAAACACAUUGAGCUAUCAUGAGAAUGUUUACAUCCCAAGCAGAGUGCUUUCGUGGGUGUUUUCUGGGGUCCAAUGGGUCCAAAGUGGCCGACUGAUUGACUGACACUGCAGAGCCAACAACAUCUCUCUCAACUCCCUCCAGCCACUUUGAGGUUAGACUUUAGUGUUGUUUGGGUCUGCUCCGUGGCACUGCCACCCCUAGAACACCGCAUAGACUUGGUGCAGUUGCCUGCUGGGCUGGCACGGGGGCACAUUGCAGGCACACUGCGCCCUUCUCCCUCCCUCCACCCCCCACCCAUGUCAGUGGAGCUGAGAUGGAGGAAGAGUUUAAAUGGACACUUCUCUUUCGAAAAAGCAUGCUGCUUUAGGUGCCAAUGGCAUGCUUGUGUUCGUGUGUGUGUGUGGGGGGGCAGUCUGUCCUAGCUGGACUGGACAGACAUCUUGGGGGGACUAUAUGUAUCACUGUACAGAAUUGGUUACCUUGGGGUGAGGAUGUAUGUAUAUGUAUUAGAAACAAAUGAAUGGUCUCACUGCCACACAUUCCACUCCCUGUAUCGGUUGGAGGCACUUCCUGUUUCAAAGGGUGCUGAACAAAAGACAAUCCGGAUUGUCCCUCCUAAUCCAUACGACUUUGUACGCAACCAAACUAACUCAAUACAGUUCAUUUCAAUCAACUUCGGUCAUUCCUGAACAAGUUGAUAUGUGCUGCUAACAUUCCAGUAGAAUCUCCCUAUAGACUCAUUCCAAUACACUUAUUAUUCAAGAUGCAUCCUGGACUGAACAAAACCAAUUUCAAAGCCAUAUCACUCCGCCCCGUCCUAGACCAAAGAGGUGUGUGAGCAAGCGAACGAGUGUGUGUGUGUGGCUGCUCUCCUGCUACUACUUCAUAAGUAAGUCUCUCCUGCCUUCCGAGAAGGUUUUUUUUUUGAUGAUGACGUUUUGUACAGAAUAUCCAAACAUUAUUUAUUGUUGUUAAGUAUAAUCUUGUUGCUUUUAUUAUUAUUGUUGUAUUUUUAUUUGUUAUUAUAUUGAAAUAACAGAAGGAUGUAGAGUAUAUAGAGUAUUUAUACAGUAUUAUAUAUAUGGUCCUAGGUUUAUGAAUAAUAAAGUAUCACUUUGACCUAUA